GGUGAUUUCCUACAACAUCGCCAUGAAAGCUUUCGAGAAGGCGAGUGCGUGGCUUCAAUCCCUGGAUUUAUUGCAUCAGAUGCGUCUCCACGACAUCAAGACGGACAUCAUCAGUUGCAACACCGCCGUCUCAGCAUGUGGAAAAAAUUCACAGUGGCAACUGGCCGUGGCCAUGGCUCUUUGGAAUCCAGAUCUGGUGGGCAUCAAUGCAGCGAUUGAUGCAUGCUCCUCAGCGUCUGAGUGGGAACACUCGUUGUGUUUGUUGUCAUUCUUUCCGGCCUGCCGCCUGCAGCGCGAUGUCAUUAGCUUCACAUCGGCGCUGAGCGCCUGUGAAAAGGGUACUCAGUGGCCCCUGGUGUUGCUGCUGCUGCAGCAGAUGAAAGAAGAACACUUGGAAGGCAAUGUGAUGACGUACGACAGCUGCAUCUCCUCGUUGUCCAAAGGAUCCGAAUGGACAGCGGCCCUGAGGCUCUUUGACCGCCUACUCUCCAGUUGCGGCUGCACGGUGACCUCCUAUGGCUCUGCCAUUGGCGGCCCAUGGCCGCAGGCCAUGCUGCUGAUGAAGUCUAUGGGAUCCAAACAGGUGCGUAGCAACUUGGUGAUCUACAACAGCUGCGUCAGCUGCGUGGACGCGGCCUGGAAUUGGGCCUUACAGCUGCUGGAGGAUAUGGAGGUGUCCAAUUUUCGCCGGAGCAGCGCCACGAUCGGCGCCGUCCUCCAAGCCUUGAAGAUGGUGCCAGGCCAGUGGCCUGCAGCCUUGGAAUUGAUGCCAGGUAGAUCUCUUCAAAACACCAUCAUCUACAACUCGGCUAUCACCGUGUGCGCACAAGGUCAUGAGUUUUCUGUGGCAUGGAAACUCUUCGAAGAAAUGCAAGGCCUCUCCCUGCGGUGCGACGCCAUCACCUUCACUGGGGUCAUGGUUGGCGCCCACUGGUCCUCUGCCGUGCAGCUGCUGGAGCGGGGUCGCAGUGCUUUCGCAUGCGAUCUGAAGAUGUGGAGUGCGGUGCUAAGUGCCUGCGAAGCGAUGUCUCACUGGAGCCAAGCGCUACAUGCCUUGCAGAUGGCAGAUCGAGGGGGCUUCCAAUGUGAUGACACUGCCUACAGCAUCGUGAUUAGCGCGUGCAAACGUGCGGUGAUGGGCAAUCUUACUUGACCUGUGAGUUUUUUAGCCCAGUUCCUGUAGUUCUUCAGAGCGGUUUGAAACCACCAAGCUGUACCCACCGGUUGUGAGUUACUUUGGUGGCCGUGAAUUUGCAUGAAUUUGGCAGUGGGCAUUCGCUCUUGUGGACCCUUGUGGACCUCAAAAC